UUCCUCCUAAAUCUCAGACCACACAGCGGAAUAAACACAGUUUGUCUUUGAGGCGAAAAGGGGUUUUGCUCCUUAAUGAAACCCACUUAUUGCUCAUUUAUCGAAACGUAAACGCCUUUAAAGAAAAAGAAAAGAAGUCUACUCGAAUCUGGAGGAGAUGAGUUUGAAGCUAACUUAGACUCAGAUGUUAUCACCGGCUGGAGGGGCUAUGCUACAAGAUGCUAACAAUCACAGUUUGAACGCAGUGUGAAGCGGCUGAGAAAUGGGGGAAGAGAUGGCGGAAUGUGGCACAGAUGUCUUGGUCAGCUUCCCCGAGUCUCUGCAUGUGUACACGGGUCUGCUGACAGUGGCCACGGUGUUUGGGGGUCUGUCGGGAAUAUUAGCCGCUGCUCUUCUUUACGUCUUCUGCCUGAAGCCGCUGUGGCUGACGAGACAAGGCUACAAUGCAAGGAGGCUGCUUGAACCCGAUGAUGGUGAAGUGGACAACAACCAAAGUGACUGUGUCAGCAACAGCAGGAAGGAGGCUCCAAGUGGCCCCACUCAUGAAAAGGAGAAGAAGCAGCCACCCAUGAACAGCGACGUGGCCGCAUUUGCUUCCAGAGCAAAGGUGGUUUACCCCAUCAACCAAAAAUACAGACCUUUAGCAGACGGCGCAUCCAACCCAUCACUGCAUGAGCACUCAAAGCUGCCAGCGACACUUAAUGAGGAGUCCUCCUCCUCCACGGACGGAGAGUCUCUGAGCCAGGAGCAGGACAAUGAUGACAGCAGUCAGUUUAUCUCCUCCUCACUGGUCCCCAAGAGCCUACAAAACCAGAGUUUCAACAGGGUGUCUCACUACCCACACACUCUGACACGGACAGGCUUUGAAGGUAGGAUCAGUCUUUACUGUUUGGCCCUGCAGGAUAUACAGCAUCACUGCUCUCAUCUUCAGGAGGAAAAAUAUCUGAUAUUUCUACAAAUAGUGAAAUUAAUAUUCAGCGGUAGAUUUCCCAAAGACAAAAAGGAUGCGGACUUUGCCAAGAAUGUUCUUCAGAUGCAAGAAAAGGGAGUGAACGAGCUGAGGAAGCAGCUGCCAACAGGCCAAACGACCAACGAGAAAAGUCAGGAUGCUCCCUGUACACUGGAGGAGAUCGAGAGAGCUCAGAAAGAUCUGAUUGAGCGUGGCCUUCAAACGUCCAAAUGUUUCAGCAAACUGGUAGAGGAUUUGUGCCAGCGUCUGCUGCAGAAGACCAGCAUUUUCUCUCCAGAUGAAGCACAGAAUGUCAUCCUGUCUCUCAUUCAGACACUUCUGUCAGUGGAAAACCACCUGAUGAAGGAACAGGAAGCUGAUCUAAAGAGGAUACAACAGAAGCUGUUGUGGUGGGAGGAGCUGACGGGACUCCUUCAGUCCCAGCCUGCCUUGCUGAGGCGGGAAGUGACUCUGAGGCAGGGCCUGAUCGCCACCACCCUGGAGCAGCUGACGAGUGAUGACAUCUUGAAAUUUAGCCACAUGGAGAAGAUUCUUUCAGAAAUUCAGACCACUCUGACCGAAGGCCUUCAACAGUGCACCGAGGAUUGCACGAGGAAGACAAAUGAGCUGGUGAACGACAAAUGCAGGAAAAAGGAGUCCAAGAGGAAAAAGCUUCAGAGGAGCCAGACCAAAGAGAAGAGCCGCACGCUGGAGCUGAGGCAGAAUCACGAUGACCUACAGGAGCUCACCAAGGUGCUUCAGGAGUUGCUGAUGAAACACAGACAGCAGAUUUCUGACCUGGAGGUGCAGCAGGACAACAGGGCGGCUGAAGCCCUGUGCGACCUCUGGAAGAAACUCCGCGCCUCCUGGUCGGAGAGGCUCGGGGAGCUGUCCAGGAACGUUUUUCUCACCUCCGUUCAGGCCCAGACGAAGCUCUCUCCUGAACGCUGUGAGAAACUGUGGUUGGAUCUGGAGCAGGAGCUGGCCGCUCAGCUGCAGCAGGAGGAGUGUAGUACCAGGCAGCAGCUGGAAGACAUUAAGGCCGAGCUGGAUAAAGAUGGACAGGUCUGGAGUGAAGGGAUUGCUCUCGUUCAGUCCUGUCUCAAACAUCUGAAUGAACAACAGAUGAAGAUCCUCAGAGACAUGGUGGCCAGACAGAGCUACGCACUCGACAGUCAACUGGGGAGGCUGAUAGAGAAGAAACACGAGCACCUGUUGGUGGCGGUGCGGAGGUUCUUUGUGGUCAGGCACUUCUGUCUGCACACGCUGAAGGAGAUGAGGCUCUCCAAGCUGAAGGCACUCUCCCAGACAGACUUCAGAGCUCUGCUAAUGGAAGAUCCCUGCAAAAGCCAGGCCUGUGUUGGUUCAACAAUGAAAAGUAGCAGUGCCAGCCUAGCAGAGAGGCAUCUGGGCCCAGAGAGUCAGCUGUUGGGGAACAGCUUCCAGCAGGAGUUCCUGUCUGAACUGGAAACAGGAACGGAGCUUCUCCAAAGUCACGCACAGCUGCUGCUAGGCAACGCCCUCGGCAACGCCAUCCAGCAGACGAUGGCGGCCCUGAACUCAGAUUCACAGAGCUCUUCUAAACAGGACGAUGGCUUGAAGCACCACCUCACAGAGGCUGCUGCGGAGAGCGUUUAUGUGACCAAAGAUUCCCUCACUGCACUGGUCCAAACCUACUAUUCCCACCUGCAAGAUGUUACCAAAAAACUGGAGCGGGAUCAGUCGAACAUAAACCAAGAUGUGAAUGAUCAGCAACACGGCAGCACUCAGCUGAACAGAGUCCUGCUGAGGGAGCUGGUGAACUGGGGCAAGAAACCUGCAUCUGCAGAGUUUCAACAGAGGGUUGAACUCAACAAACAUAAAGUGCUGGAACAGUAUGAUUUGGAUCAGGAGAUGAUUUACGAGGAGGUGCGGCGGAAGAAAAUAGCCCAAGAUCAAACCAUGGAAAAAAUAAGAUGGCAGUUACUGGAGGCAGAAGAAAGCUUCAUAUCUGAGCUGGCAGCUUUGGCCCGAAUUUCUGUCCAGAGCCCAGAUCCAGAACCCAGUGGAGACGAGGACAUCACUGGUGACCAGAGUACUGCGAUAUUGGACCUGCUAGCCCGGAACCCAGCUUUAGAUCCAGCCCUGAAUCCUUCGCUGACUCCAACUAUUGUAACUCCAGCGGUGAAAUCAAAACCGAAGAAGAAAAGAGAACGAGAGGCUCAUCUCAGCUGAAAUCUUCACUCCACAUUGUUUAUAUAUUGUAUAAGUAGGUGUCUAUAUAGUUUAUAUACAAAAACAGCAUCACCAGGACUGUUCUUUGGCUGUUACGAUUCUGACACACUGUGCGUUUUUAACCGCUGCAACAACUACACUCGUACUGUUUUCCUGUUGCCGGCUGAGCACUGUAUUGAAGUUACUUUAUUCCUGAACUCCUGUGGUGCGUUGGUAGCACACCUGUCAAACGGUAAACGGUAAAGUCUGAACAAUAAAGACAUCCAGCCACAGGUUCACCUGUCACAGCCCGGCGGUGCGGCUGCUGCUUGGCUCACAACCGGCCGCUGUGUGCUGUUAGAGAUCAGCCUUUUAAAAUGAAUAAAUGCAUCAGGUGUCGCACCAUCUCUGCUUCCUGUAGCAGCUGCACAGUGCUGCCCUUAAAUGCUAGUGUAUGAAAAAAGGACGUCCACUAUUCAGUCAAAAAAGAAAUACAAAGCAUGUUGUGAGGGAAUGUAAAUCUUUGACAUUUUAAAAUGUUAUAUUUUGACCUUUUGAGGCCUCCUUACAUAUUCAUAAACUAAUACCCUGUAAAAGGUUUACUGUGCUAUCUCUUAACUGUUGAGGCGAGGGACAUAUUAUGUCCUUAUUUUAUGUGUGAACAUUUCUGUUUUUAAAUUUCUCAAUUUUUCUUUCGUAGUUGGU